AUGACGUCGUUCGCCGUCCGCCUCCCCGCGCCGCCGCGCCACCGCGCGACACCAUCGCGCGCCGCCGCCGCGCGCGGGCCGCUCUGCCUCCGCGCGUCCUACGCGGCGUCCACCGCGGACGCCACGGAGACGAUGGGAUACGAGCGCGUCCCGGACGAAAAAGAAGACGUCGGCGGCUGCAACCUGCGCUGCGCGUCGCAGCGCGCGACGGAGAAGGUGGCGCGGAUGCUCGCCGCGAGCGCGCGCGCGGGCGACGUCAUCUGCCUGCACGGCGACGUCGGCGCGGGGAAGAGCGUCUUCUCGCGCGCGUACGUCCGCGCGGUCGCGGAGGACGCGCGACUCGAGGUCCCGUCCCCGACGUACCUCCUGCAGCAGGUGUACGACGCGCACUGCGAGCGCGACGCGAAAAAUCCAAAGAAGCUCGCGAAGACGUCGCGGCCGCCGGUGCAUCACUUCGACCUGUACCGCGUCGACGACGACCCGGCGCGCGCGGCGAAGCGCUUGGGGCUGAAGACGUCGUUCGCGGAGGCGGCGUGCGUCGUGGAGUGGGCGGAGCGACUGAGGCAUCUGGCGCCGGCGCACCGUUUGGACGUGUACGUGUCGAUGACGUCUGGCGCGCGCAAGGCGGGGCAGGUGGAGGUCAAGGUGAGCGACGAGGAGGACGAGGAAGAGGAGGCGGGGGAGGCGGGGGAGGAUGGGGAUGGGGAGGAGGAGGAGGAGGAGGAGGAGAUCGACCCCGCGUUCGUGGACGCGCGCCCGCGGUUGAUUAAAUUGCGGCCGCGGAGCCAGGAGUGGGUCGCGAGAGUGGGGCGAGUGCACGAGAAGCUGAUGUACUCGCGAUGA